UAAGAAUUUUCUAGUGGGAUUAAGGUUGUGAUCUCUGGGGAGGGGUGGGCCAUCUGCUCUUGGUUAUUUUUGUGUUAGCCACUUCCCCUUAAAUGUAUGUUCACAACUGAGCCGCAGCCUUAUCAGCUGGCCUCGAGGGAAGACUGGCGUAGGUGCUGCUCCUGAACUCGGUGUCUGAGCCAUGGCUUCCCAUAGACACUCAGGUCCUUCCAGCUAUAAAGUAGGCACCAUGGCUGAGAAGUUCAACUGCCACUACUGCAGAGACAACCUGCAGGGAAAGAAGUACGUGCAGAAGGACGGCCACCACUGCUGCCUCAAGUGCUUCGACAAGUUCUGCGCCAACACGUGUGUGGAGUGCCGCAAGCCCAUCAGCGCCGACUCCAAG